CAGCUGGCGAUGGUUCAUCGGGAGGACACCACAAGUCGGGCGGGCCGCAACUUCUAGUUGCCGGCGGCGUUUCGCAGGACCUGCUGCGCAUGCAAGAGCGGGAACUUGCCAAGUGCAGCGCUGAGAACAAAAAGCUAAGAGCAAAAGUUGAGCGACUACAGAAAACACAGGUUGAUCGAGACCGGCUGUCGUUGACUCUGGAGAUCCAGGGUCUGAAAAAACUCGCAGGUGCGCUUCAAACUCAGGCAGACCUGCAUUCCCUGGGCUACUUACGGCUUGAGGAGGAGACGCUGUUGCAGAAACAGGCUUGGGAGUCGAGGGAACGUGAACUCCAGAACCACAUCAAACUGUUGUGCGCCGAGGUCGAGCACUUGCGACGGGAGGUGAUAGACGCGCGCGUAGAACAGAGCGUGGAGGAAUUGAGUAGCAUACUCACGCCAAUGAGCUCGGCGGCAUUUCGUGUUCGGGGUGCAGGUGCGGUCGCUGGAGGAGAACAGCGUAAUUGAUACCUAUGCAGUUCUCCAUUUCUAGCUCUUGCAGGAAAGGAAAAUAAGUAGAUUUUUACUAGCAAGUUUCAGAGAAUGAAGUUGAAACAGCUGCUACUUUAAGAACCUUUCUGAAUAGUAUCAAUCUUUUUGAUAAUACCACGGUCAUUGAAGAACAAAAGAAUCUUCUGAAAAAUGGUCAAUCUAGGUCCUGCUGGUUUUUUCAACGAUGUUGCGACGAGCGGACACUCAACGACAACCCCAGGGUCAAGGCUGGCGCCUACAUCUGGGACAAGCGAUGAUGAGGUAGUAGAAUUUGCGCCGAUGUCGAUUGACGACACACAGAUACUCGAAGAUUUGGAGGCCAUGGAGACUCAGGCUAGGCAGAUAGGAGGAGCCUCGACGAAACGAGAGUCAUCAAGUAAAGCGACUUCGAACGCUCCUGGUGCUGCUUCUAGUGGUGCAUCCUCGAUCAAGAAGAGUACUAGUUCCAGUGUAAAGUCGGCUGCAUCUCCUAAUGACCAGAUGAAACGCGAUAAAAAUGUUGAGGAUUCAAAAACUUCUAGAGCAGGUGAUGCAGCUAGCACAGGAGCUGCAAGACAAACAGCCGACGAGGAACAGGAAGGUACGCCAAAUAGUCCUCCGCCACGUGGGGCAAAUGACAAGACGAAAUCUAGAGCAAGUAUGGAGAUUGACACUUCACCCGAAAUGGUGGACGCAGUUGCACGCCCAGCGCCACUGUCCCGGACGAUUGAGGAGAUGCGGAGCGAGACACCCUUGCGACCGUUGACCGAGGCAGAGGUGGAAGGUCGCUUGCGGGACAUGCGAGAACUACUUAUUCUCUUGCAUAAGGAAGUCCCGGCAUGCAGGAAGUACAUGGCGCCCGUAGACACCGAGGCGAUGCAGGCAAUGGAACGGCGCGCGGAUGCGCGGUACUUCACAACUUUAGGCGACACCCUUUCGGUGGUCGGCUCGACACCGGAAACUAAGGGACAGUUUUUAACGAGUGGAGGUGCGACUACUGGUGGUUCUUCCUCGUCCAGCUCACCGAACAAGAUGUCGGAAGGUGCAGGAGGUCAUGGCACUGGAGGAACUUCGGGACACGCGAUCCGGCACGUCACCGCAUCGGAAAAGUUGGUAGUGACAGAGCGAGAGGAGUUCCUGCUUUCGAAUUUCUUCAAGUCUCUCUUUGAUGCGACGCGAACAGAGGAGCUGCGGCGACGAAAUUCGUAUCGUGGCUAUUUUCAGGAGUUCGACCGCAAUGCCGGUGCUUCUUCUCGAAAUAUCGAUGCUUUGAUCAAGAACCAAGAGCAUAUAGGCGUGGUCACGGCACCGGCAGGUGCUGGCGAGGAAUCUCAUUCUGGGCAGUUCAACAAUACAAGUGAUAUACAACGCGCCGGGAAGAAUGCUGCGGAACAAGGACCUUCUCGAAGUGCAGACGACAUAACUGCAGGAAAUUUGCAGCAAGCGAGCAGCAAGGCCUCCUCAACACUAGCUGCGACAUCAGAAGACCAGCAUGGCACUACAACUUCGGCUGGGCUAACGCCGCGAGACCGUCUUGCUCCCGGAGGAGGACAGGUGGAGCAGCCGAGCACGAUGAUAAAUGGCGCCGGAACUUCUAUCACCUCGUCCGCAGGAGCAGGAACAGGUGCUGGAACUCUCGGAGGACUUUCACUAAUGCAACUACCAGGAGUACAUCUCGAUGCUGAUGGAAGGACGACAGCAAAUAAGGAUGAAAGCACUAGCACUUCAUCUCCUAAUAUAAGAAGUGGAAGCACUGGAAGCAAAGACAUAAUUGCAGCACUCCUAGAUCCUGAGCGGAACAAUACGUGGCAACCCAUUGUGGAUUCCGACGAAGACGACCAUGAACAACAUCGAGGUCCAGCUAAAAGCGAAGGAAAUGUAGCAAAAGAUGGAGGCGCAACUACGGCGAGCGACGGGAGCCUCACAAUCAAGAUUAUGGGCCCUCACAAUCUUGGUGUUGGGUUCUCGUCAUGUAGCACAGCACCAGUACGAACAACAACACAGGCGGCAUCUGCACACGAUCCCGCCAACAACCUCCAGGACACAUGUAUAGCCCACAUGACGCCCUCACAAGAACAGCAUCUGCACUACAAUACUGCCCAAGUAAUAGGGCAGGGCAGCCAAAAUCAAAAUCUGUUCGUCUCCUUACCAGGUAACCUGAACCCUCUAGCUGGUCAGCAGCAAUGGCCCAACUAUGCAAAUGCGACCACAACUAACGCUACAAGCACAAGCAGUGGCGCUUUUACGCAACAACAACAUCAAGCAGCAUCUUCACCGGCGGACUAUUUGCCGACAGCGGCAGCAAGUGCAAGUGGGUCCUCCGUUGUUACAGCUGCAACAACACAAUCAACAUUUUCGCUUCAUACCAGAGUCUCUCCAUCAGAUGGAUCCUCCAUGCUGCCUCCUCCCUCCCGAACAGAAUAUCAAUCAUCUCCCUUUGCCAAUCCCGUGGCUGCUAGUCCUCAAAAUACUAUUAAUCCUGCAGCAGCUUCUGGUGCUCCUGGUACUGGUUCAGGGGCGAUGUCGGACCUAAGUGCACAACAUAGCUUCCUAGAAGAUCACGCGGACCGCAGAGCGGCAAGUCAUUUGCUCGAACAGCAACAGCAUCAUCCGGCCACUACACACUACAGCAGUUCCCCUCUACAGGUGCAACAAUUUCAACAGCAGAUGAUGCAUCUUCAGCAGUCGCAGCAGAUUCUUCAGCAAUCUCAACAGCAGAUACAUCAGCAAUCGCAACAGCAGCAGAUGCACCAGCAAUCACAGCAAACGCAACAGGCAGUGCAGGAACAGCCGCAGCAGGUGGAUCAUACAGCUUCGGAGUCAGAUCAACACCUCCCCUCGGCAACGGCGUCCUCUCCGCACGAUAACGCUACUGUAGCAGGUCAAGGCGGGCAACAAGAGUUGAAGCCUGGAUGGGGAAAAUAUAGCACGGAAGACGGCGACACCUACUUUUUCAAUACCAUUACAGGAGAAAGCAGCUGGGAUCCACCGCCUGGCUUUGAUUGAGUUCAUUUCCCUCCUCAUCCUCGCGUGUAAAAAUUGUACCUAUCAAUUCUGAUUCACCCACGACCAGCAUCAUGAAGAUUACAAAGAGUCAAAAACAGAGAACAAAUCAGUCAGAUUGGUCCUCCACGCCUAGUCCUGCGACGGAAGGUAAGAGGCUUCUCUCAGAU